AUCGGACUAUCGCUCGUCCCCCAUCGCAAAGAGACGCUUAAUAAUUUGGCGCUACAAAUUGGUUUUUGUACGAUUUGCAAUAUAAAAACAAAAGCGGAAACGAAAGGAUGUGGGGCAACUUCGAGGCAUCAUCCCGCGAGGAUGAGACCAUCUCCAAUGUGUUCUCCUCUAGGGGCAUCUUUCAAAUCAGCAGCGAAGAGGAGGUGACUAAGUAUCCGGCCGUCUUGGCCUCGGUGCAAUGCGGCAAAAUGGUAAUAGCCAUCGACAAGUGCCUGCUGCUUCUCGAGGACGAGCUGGUGGCCGAGUGUGCCUGCCUGAACUUUGGGGCCACCAUCGAGGCGGUUGGAAUUUCCUCCAGCGGCAACCUUAUUGUCUGCGGUCUUAGCGACGGCGAGGUCCAUGGGGUGUCCAUCAAGGGACUGCUUCUAUUCGCCGUGUGCGUGAACCUGGAGGAUGUGACCGUGUCGGGGGGCACCUUCCGGAGCAUCCAUCAACUGGGCCAGCACUUUUAUUUAACCUGCAGGAAUGGCAGCAUUUACUGCCUCAGUGACAUCGAUGAGCGCUCUUUGGAAACCCUGUCCAAUAUGACACUGAAGGAAAACGAAACCAUGGCCAGCGAGAAGGCCCUCCUCGAAGAUGUCACCAUCAAGCGUAUGUCCACGGGACGUUCGAAUGCCAAUGUGGACUGCGUGGUCCUGUUGCAGCAUCAAAUCACCAGCCCUAAUGCCCAAAAUAACCAAGAAGAGUUGGGCUUGGAUCGAGGCUUGAUCAUCACAGGAGAUCAUGGGACACUGAACUUCAGGACCAGCUCCAACUCGGACUUUACGCGCAUCACUCUGCCUGAUCACUUUGGGGAUCUCAAGCAGAUCUACAACCUGGAGCACUGUGUGAUUGCUCUGACCCACUCUGGACACUUGCUGGACAUCUGUCCUUACACCCGCCUUGUGUACAUGUGCCACACUAAUCAGCGCCAGAGCCUGCUCAUCGAGGAUUUGCUGGUGAUCGAAUGCAGCGAGGAGAACAUAGAACUGCUGCUGCUGACGAAGCCCACGGAAGAUGGACGCUUCAUCAAGAUUGUGGAGUACCCUUCUUUGAAAUGCAAAAACGAAGUGGAGGUGCCGGCCCAUGCCUGGCUCGUGCGCCAGCCGAAGUGUGCGGUGAAUCUGUAUUAUCUGGCGGCCAAGGAGGUGAAUCGGGAGAGCAUACCCACGGUGGUGGAGAUGAUGCUGGUUUCGGAGACCGAUCCCAGUGAUCGUUUCAAGAAACUAAUAGCCAAAGGACGCCUGGAAGAGGCGGAGGAAUUUGGGGUUCAGUUUGAGCUGUGCCUGCAGCCCAUUUAUGAGGCCAAGGCCAAGCGCAUACUCGUGGAGCUGUGCAACUCCUCCUCCUCAGCCUCCUCCUCCUCCUCCUUGCUGGAUAGCAAGUUCCAAAGCCUUUUGGAGCUUCUAUCGCAGAUCGAGAGCAAGGCUUUUAUCAAGAAUCACCGCAUGAUCAACCUGAGCUCCAGACAUAUCCUGGAACGUUACCUGCGCGAGGUCCAAAAGCGCCUCAGCUUUGAGGACGACGAAGAGGACAUGCUGGAGAUCGAUGAGCAGCUGCUUCGCCUGAAAACACUGGCCAUUACCGAUCCCUAUGAGUGCAAUACGGACUGGCAAAAGUUCAUUUACGACAAGAAUCUCGUGAGGAUGGUCAAGUCCUUGUUUAAUACGGACAUGCCCACGGCCUGUCUCAUUUGGCGUAGGCAUUCCUGCAGCAUUUUGCCUUUGCUCAACGAGGAUGAGCUGCGCACUUUGCUGGGUUUCAUACCCGGCAACUCGAAGCCCUUCAAUGUGGUGCAGUGGCUGCGCCAAUUUAUACCCUUGGUGAGCAACACGCAUCCUGGCAUUAUGCCUUUUAUAACCGACUGGAGCAUUGAGAUGACCCGCAAGCUGCAAUACAGUCCCCACUGGCCAGAUAUUGGCUUGGAGUUUGCCUCGAAGAUCCUGGAGAUCUUCGAGGAGAUACAGUUUACUUACUCGGACGUUCGUCGCCAGCAGGAACGUAAUUUGGGCAAAGUGCGUGACCUUGUCAAUGCCUUACAGGAUCUGUCCGUGCUCAAGACCCAUUACAACAUGGGCUUCACCCUAGACAACUACAUGACUGACUCCAUUGAGGCCACCGCUCUUAGCAUACUGCAGCAUGUGCAGCUCGACAAGCUGAAGCGUCUAGUAGAGCACUUCCUGUACCCCAUUUUCCAGGAGAAGGGUCGUCACCCACAGGACGUGAUCAGGCAGUAUAUAGCCCAGUUGGUGGCCAGCCGGCAAUCGUCCAGCAAUUGGCUAGAUCGAGCGAUGGCCUGCAUUGAGUUGCUGCACAACGAGGACAGCCGCCUGGAAUGUGCCUUGUCCGUGCUCAGGAAUGCCCCAGUACCCUGGCCUGAAUCACUAGCUCCCCUUAUCCGCCUGCGCAACUCCACCAAUCCCUUGGCCUUGAAGAUCAACGAUGAGUAUGAAAUCCAGGUGAUAAAGAUCAUGAAGGCCAAGUACGGCUGGCCGGCGGACAGCUCGGAGCUCAAUGUGGAGCUCUUUGCCAUGCGGAUUGUCAAGAUGAACCUGCCCGACAUGCUGCAAGACAUCCAAACGCUGACCAAGGCGGCGCCCGACAUCUCGGUGAGUGCGAACCUUCAUUGCUGCUACCAAAUGGCUCGACGCGGACAGAUCGAGCAGGCGUACGAGUUUUUCAAGACUUUGAGCAAGGAAAAGUACUCGGAGGAUGGACAGCAUGUGGUGGAGAUCCUGGCCACCUUGCUGGAGAACACGCCACACGCGGCCUUUGAGAAGGAGUCAAAGGCCCAGGAGCAUCAGAAUGUCCUGGAGCUGUUCAAGCUGUGCCUCCCUCAAGCUGAAGCCUCCUACGAGCGGCGCUAUUUGAUGGUCAAGCAUCGCCUUCAGCUUAGCCAGAAAUUUGGUGUGGAACUCACUUGCAGCAGUGAGCUUAUCCCUUUGCACAGGCGACUCGAGUUGCUGGAUGAGACUCUUGAAAGAAUCGUGGAGCGGGCUCAGGCAAAACCUAAUAUGCCUGCUUUCAUUAUCAGCGAAAUUUUGGAGCUAAGCACGGCUCUUGGCUUGUCCCAGGUGUUUGGCCUCCAGCGGAUUUGCCACCGGGUGGGUUGCCUGCCUUUGAGCUGUGCCAUUGCCUUCCAUGUGACGCAGUUCAUCGAUUGUGUGCCUAGCAAUGCCGAGGACUUUAUUAACCUGGCUUUAGAGCUGAUUAUCCAGCAAAUUGAGAAUGCCAAGGGCACGGAUAAUGAUCUACCUUCUUCCCUUCAGCUUAUCACCGACAGCGAUCCCUUGAGCUUUCCUCUGGCCUACGAGUUGCUCACAAUGGCUCAGGCUCAUGAGCAGUGUCGUCGCCGGGAUCUCAUCGAGGUUAUCAAGUAUGUGAGGGUGGUGAUGAUCCACUAUCCCUUGGAUGCCCUCAAGAAGCACUAUGAGGGCAAGGAGCAGGCCAUCAACGAGCACAUUUGUCGCACUUUGGAGGGCACCACACUGGUUUUUGGAGAGAGCACCCUCAACUUUAGCAGUGCCCUCAAUGGCUCCUUUGAGGCUAAGCCUGUGCUGCAGGUGCCAGCGGCUAAGAAGCGCCACUCAGUGUCCAUAUUCGAUGAGGUGGAAGUGCAGCCGGCACAACAGCCGCAGAAAAAGAAAAUCCUUGGCUCUCACCUGCCCAUAGUCAAGUUCCUGGCCAGAACCCUGCGCCUCAUGGUGAUAGAAGCGGAACCCAACAACUCCCUGCUGAUGCACAUACGUCAGGGGCUCACGGAUAACCCCACCGAGGUGGUGGACAGCGCCCAGACCGACUUCUUUCAGUCCAUGGAGCUGCUGACCAAGACCAAGGAGCACGACGUUUGGUACGUGAUGCUGCAGUAUUUGCUGGAGUUCCAGCAGCAGAACUGCCUCAGCAAGCGGAUCAUCAACGAGGGCUUCAUCACCCUGCAACUGCGUCGCAUUUUACGCAAUGCAAUUAGCAAUAAGAAUGUCAACUUCAUUGAACUCUUCACCAUGCUGGCUGUGAAUACGGAUGCCGUGGCCCUGCUGGAUAAGCUCUCCAAGGAGGUCAAGUCCGACCUGCAGAUGAUCAAUUGCCUGACCCUGUCCGCCAUGUACAGCGAGCAUCUGGAGGAUGUGGAGACGGUGGAGAGGAUAAGAGCCAAACGCUUGAAACUCUAUUAUUACCUGGAGUUCUGCCAGCAGGAUCCGCGCAUCAUAGGCAAGUUCAAUGCCGAAAUGGACAGCGUGAAGAAUCUGCUCAAGGAGUUCCACAACAAGCAACUCGAUGUGCGUUUACUCGAGCGCAUUAGCCGAGACUUUGGCUUUGAUUUCCAGAAGAUCCUAAUCACUCAGAUCCUGAGCAUACUGAGUGGCCAGGAGCUGCGCUUCGAUGUCCAUCUCGACAGCUUUGGCGAUGAGAAGCUGGUCAUGCUAUCGAGCGCCCAGGAAAUGCUGGACAUGUGCCAGCCCUACAUCGAGGCCAUCAAGAACGUGGAGCUCUUUACCUCAAAGCUGAAGCAGUUCAUCGAGGAGAUCAACAUUUACUUUUACGAGCUGUACAUGUGCGUGAUCGACAUCCUGAUGUUCUUCAAUGCCGCUCCGAAGGAGAUGGAGAUCUGGAAGAACAUCCUGCGCUUUCUGCGCUACAAAAUGACCAGCCGGCGUCGCAAUCGUCCGAGUCAGUUUGAGACGGACAUGUGGCUGAAAUCGCAUAAGGAGAAUGGCAUUCUGCCUAAGAUCUCGCGCUAUCGUUUGCCCUUCAAGGCGAUUGUGGAGCAGCCGCUAAAGGAUAUUCUCGUCAGCGAACUCAGCGUCGACAACUGCUUGGGCUGGUUUCCCCUGAUACAGAUGCACACCUCGCUGAAGGGCUCCAAGGACAGUGCCCAGAACUGUGACUACUUUUGCAUGUCGGCGGUGAAUAACUCGAUAGCCGAGUACAAGUCCAGGAAUGAGCCAGAGUCCUGGAGUUUGCAUCCCACGAACAAUGCAUUCCUCAUGUCCAUUCUCCGGCUCGUGGAGAACAUACACAAUCCGAACAAGGCCUUCCAGAUCCUCUACUAUGUGUCAUGCUAUGCCCGGGAAGGAGCUGACCAGGUGGAGGCCUCCUACGAGUGCUGGAAGUUCAUGCAGGAGAAGGGCGACCUCAUCACCGACAAGGAGCACAUGGCCAAGGUAAGGCGACGCUAUCCCAUCCAGAAGACGCAGCACCUGCUGCAUGUGUACGGUCUCACCGACGAGAGGCUCUUGAACCAAGUGGAGAAUCCCAACGAGCUGAUCAACAGCCUGUACCACCAUGAGCUCAUCCUCAAGUCCUCGAAAGUGGACAUCAAUGCCUUGGUGGGGGAGAUAGCCAAGCUGCAUGGCCUCUGCCUGGACACCAUACAGUACCGAUUGCUGCAAAAGUGGCUAUCGGUGACCAUGGAGCCGGCGGACAAUACCAUGCUGGAGGAGACCUUCAUGGAGGAGCCGGAGCAGCCGAGCGGAGGGGAUGGUACUAAUGGCCUCCAGAAUGCCAGCGAGAAUGUGAACAGGGCCUUUUACAUCCUCUCCAGCUGGCCCAAGGCGGAGGCUGUGAAGUUCCUGGUGGGCCAGAUCUUCAAGGGCGGCUCCAUGAACACCUCCACGCAGCUGCAGAUGUACGAGUGCUACUCGAAGCUCAACGAUGGCAGCAACUUCUUUACCAGCACCAUCAACCAGAAGCAGUUCAUUAGCAUCAAGUGCGUCAAUGACCUAAAGACCCUCGGCUACAAGUCGAACCUGGAGAAGUUUGCCGGCGAGCAGUGCAACAAGAUUGACAUUCUGAAGAUGAUCUGGCAGCGCAAUGCCCAGAAUCCGCUUUCCCUGGAGGUGAUGGCCAACAUCUGCCUGGGUUUCGAUGUCCACUUGCCCAAGAUCUGGAACGGAAUCCUCAAGCGCAUGAUCAUGUUUAAUAUGGUGCGGGAACUGAACGCUUUGCUGGAUGUCCUUAGCUGCCGGCCUCAUCUCCUGCAUCUGGAUGGUCUGGCCCUGGCCUGGGACUAUGUAUUGUGCCAUCCGCUGACGAAUGCUGUGCAGACACGCUCCUUUGCCCAAGAGGAGCAGCUGCACAAGACCCUUCUGCGGCUGCAGGGCUGCCCGGUGGUCCACUCCCUUAAUCUGCUGCAGUUCGCCGAGUACUGUGUGGUGAUCCAUCGACCCCACAUGGCCGCCGCCAUCCUCAGCUUCUGCGAGAGCUCGGAGGAGAGGCAGAAGAUCAAAAUGCUUAUACAUUCCCGUCCCGUGGAUAAUCUACGGCAGCAGAUUUUGGAUCUGGAAGAUGCCGGCCUGCUACCGGUGGUGCUUAACUUUGCCCUGAAGGAAUUGAGUCUCUGAGCGGCAAGUUGGCAUUAUUUUUAAAUUGUUUACACUUAAGUUGUAUAAAUAAAUGAAGUUAUAUAUGAAGGGAGUGUCAUUUUAAUUCAUUUAUUUAUUUUAUUGAAAUCUAUGUAGAAAUUUUCAGAAUAAUGCAUCUCUGGAGUGCACUAUGUCCUAGAGCUGUUAUGUUUUUUGUUCUCCCUAAAUUUAUCCAACUUUAUAUUAUUUCAGUUAAUAUAGUCACAUAACAUUUUAUGUAUUUUUUUAGUCUGAAGUUUGAAAUGGAAUCAAUUCAUUUAUAUUUAAGCUUUAUUUUUCAAAAAUCCCGUCCCGUGGAUAAUCUACGGCAGCAGAUUUUGGAUCUGGAAGAUGCCGGCCUGCUACCGGUGGUGCUUAACUUUGCCCUGAAGGAAUUGAGUCUCUGAGCGGCAAGUUGGCAUUAUUUUUAAAUUGUUUACACUUAAGUUGUAUAAAUAAAUGAAGUUAUAUAUGAA